AUGUAUACAAUAGGCAUGCGCACCAACGCGACCCAACGAAUCAGAGACUGCACUCGCCGAGUCCCCACCCUCUCUCUGCCCUCUUGUGUCUCACAGAGGAACGUUAGAAUAUCGAGCUCCGUAACGGUGGUAAACGGCCUCUACUGGUCGUUCUACGUCGGCGUCCUGGAGCCUCACCUUCCAACCACAACUUGGGAACCGUGGGGAUACCUGGGACUUGGCUUCACGGCCAUCAUGACCGCUGCUACUCAUACAUUCGCUAGGCAUUGGGUCAGCCAGAUCUCAUAUCUGCCGGAGCUAAGAUUACUUUCCAUCGGGACGCACAAUUUCUUUGGGGCGGAGAGGAUGCCGCGGUUGGUCAGGCUCGGCGGGACGGUGGUUUCACGCACAAAGCCCAAGGCGGUAUACUUGACGUUCAAGGUUAGAGGAGACAGGUUCAACUCACUUCUUGACACCGCCGAUGGGGUGUUCCACAACAGAGAGAUGCUCAUGAGGCUGCUCAAAGCUUCGCCAAACGGAGAAGUGGCGGAUCCUUCCGCCGCAGCAAAGGACAGUAACGGUUCGCCCGCCCCCGGCAAAAAGAAACAGAAAUGGAACAAGCGAAAGCGUCGUCGCUAGCUAAAUUAUGCACCAGCUUUUAAGGAGAGCGGGCUACGACCGGGUGCUGGCUGCCCGAGAGCAGCAAUGUCAUAGAGACGUAAUAAAUAGAGGCCUUGCCCGUUUGUUCGGAGUGUUCAAACGGGGGAAAAGAUAGGUGGCAGCUGUGGCGAGGGUGUUUCCAUAUUGCUAGCUCGAGUGGACAGUACAACCGAAGGAAUGCGUUCGUUAGACACGUUUGCUUUUUCACUGCAUCUACCCGCGAAUGUGUAGCGCUCAGGUGGCGCAUGACUGUACUACGAAGGGCGCUGAUGCUGUACUUGGUGGGGGAUGGGGGAGGAAGAGACACGGGUUCCCAAUAUCGCACACGGCAACCCCAAAACAUU